GGGAUCGGUCGAGGAACGCCCUUUUUCGUGGGUGACGCCCACUGAAAGUGCACCGUUAACUCUGGAUCGCCGCAUGCAAUGGGAAACAGGAUCUCUUUACUACUGACCGGUGACCCAAAUGACAUAUCACUAAAUCUCAGAGGUCUGUAUGGCUAUCAGAAUGUGGUGAUCCACACAGCCCAGGUCCUGGGCUCUGGAUCCUAUGGCAAUGUGGUGAAGGCAACACUGGAUAAAAAGCCAUGUGCUGCUAAAAUCCUCCAUCGAGUCUUCAUUGACUCCCAGGACCCUGGACUCUCUGACUUUGUAUCUCGAUUUGAGCAGGAGUGCCAGAUCCUGCGAGACCUGAAACACCCCAACAUUGUCCAGUUCCUGGGUGUGGUCCAAGACCCCACCACCAACAAGCCCAUUCUCCUCAUGGAGCUGAUGAAGGACAGUCUGACGCACUUUCUAGAGAGCUCGCCAACCAACAUACCCUACCAUGUCCAAGUGAACAUCUCCCACGACAUAGCUCUAGCAGUGGCUCACCUGCACAGGAAUGGCAUCCUCCAUCGAGACCUGUCCAGCAACAACAUCCUCCUGAACGCCAGCUACCAGGCCAAGGUGACCGACUUUGGCAUGUCCAAGAUCGCAGACUCCAAUCUCUCCAUGACCCGCAGUAAGGUGACCAAGUGUCCAGGAACACUGGUCUACAUGCCACCAGAGGCCCUUCGUCCCGAGCCUCGCUACUCUGACAAGAUCGACACAUUCUCCAUUGGAGUUCUCCUUCUCCAGAUUGUCACCAGAAAGUUCCCUGCUCCCACUGCUGAGUUUGUCACAAAGACAGAUCCCAAUUCUCCUACCAAGAAAAGCUAUGUUCCAAUCCCAGAGGUUGACCGCCGAAAGUCAGAUAUCGAUAAAGUGCCAAGCCUCCAGUGGUUUUCUGCCAGUCAUUAGAGACUGCCUCAAAGACAUCAGCAGUGACAGACCAACAGCUGCCCAGCUCUGCCAGAGACUGGGUCAACUGAAGAGUACUGCAGUCUACAGUGGGAGUCUUAGUGCACUACCUUUUGAAGGAAGAACAGAGCUCCACGAUGCUGCUGAGAGAGGCGAUGUGAAGGCAGUUGAGAGACUCCUCUCCACUUCUGUCAAUAUCAACUCCAGGACUGAGGAUGUGAGGCUCUCUACUAGUGAAUGUGUAGUCUCAUUUCUGACUCAGUUCAUUGACUGCUGCUCCACUGGUCUCUGUAUCCCCACCACUUGC